CUUGUGCUGCCUAUCGUUUGAAACAAUCCCGUCAAGAUAGUGUUGCUGUUGUGAAACGCACACUUCGUGCUCCACCCACUCCUCCUUACUCUUGUUUCAUUUCUCAAUCUGUGCUCGUCACACGUUCAUUUCAAUGAAAUGUCCAAGGACAGGUGCUGCUCGUGCCCCGAUUUUUGGGCGCUGUAUGACAGACUGUUUAAGCCUCCUAAGAAUGAAGUGGACAAACCAAAAAAGAUUGACAAACUCCAGAUACAACCGGUCGUCCCGAGUACAACACCGGCGACUGCCGCGAACGAUGACGGCGAGGAAGAGAUCUACACGGCCCUGUGGGCUUUUCAGGCUCGUGCAGAGGAAGAGUUGUCUUUCCAGGAGGGAGAGCUGUUCCGUAUCUAUGAGCGCACGGGUAACUGGUGGACAGCUGUUAAACUGGACAAAAACGGAAAGGUGACAGCAAAAGGCUACGUUCCUUACAAUUACCUGGCCAGAACAGAGACAGCGAAAGAGUAUCCUUGGUAUUUUGGGACGCUAAGCCGCUUCGAGACAGAGAAUUUUCUUUUGGGUCAAGGUAAUGAAGUGGGGACGUUUCUGGUGAGACAGAGUGAGAAAGACAGCAUAGGAUGUGUAUUAUCAGUGCUAGUCAGUCAAAGGCAAGUGAAACACAUUAAAAUUCACAAGGAUAAUGAGGGAACUCUUUAUUUGGAUCAAAGUAAUGUGUUUUCGAACCUGGAGGAGCUGGUGGAACACUACAGUAGAAAUUCACUGGACUGUGGCAUUCACCUCACAAAGCCCUGCAUAAAGCCAGAGCCAAAACCACAAGAUCUUUCCCACCUAACAGUAGAUGAAUGGGAGUUACCCAAGGAAGAGUUUACCCUUGAAGAACAGCUUGGUAAUGGAUACUUCGCAGAUGUUUACCGUGGAAAGUAUAAAGGUGUGGUCAAUGUGGCCAUCAAGAUCCUGAAACAAAAUGCGUCUAUGGACCACAGGGAGUUCCUACUGGAGACGCAAAUAUUGAAAAAACUCAGACACAAACAUCUGAUCACACUGUAUGCUGUUUGUACAAGCUGCACCCCGUUUUACAUAAUAACUGAGCUUAUGGAAAAAGGCAACCUGCUCAGUUUCCUGCGAGGUCAGGAGGGCCGAAAACUUGAGCCACAUAAGCUGACGGAAAUGGCGAGCCAGGUGGCUGAUGGGAUGGCGUACCUUGAGGAGCAGAGCAGCAUUCACAGAGACUUGGCAGCCAGGAAUGUUCUAGUGGGACAAAACAACAUUUGUAAAGUGGCAGACUUUGGGUUAGCCCGAAUCAUCAAGGAGCCGAUUUACACAACUGAGGAUAAAAAAAUACCAUAUAAAUGGUGUGCACCUGAAGCUAUUAGCCAUGGAAGGUUCUCCAACAAAUCUGAUGUCUGGUCGUUUGGAGUUCUCCUAUAUGAGAUUUUCUCAUAUGGUGGUGUCCCAUAUCCAGCUCACUCAAACCGUGAGGUGUUUCUUCUGAUCGGCUCCGGCUACAGAAUGCCUUCGCCUGAUAAGUGCCCAUCACACAUUUACGACAUCAUGUUGAUGUGUUGGAAUUUCUCAGCAGACGAAAGGCCAGACUUCAAGGAACUGAAAAAAAUGCUCAUAAACAAUAAACUAUACACUGAAUGGACCCCUGAAGCCUGCAGUGACGACUCUGAUCCAGCAGAAUGCAGUCAUGAUACACAGACCGAGGGCAAUUCUUAAGCAAGAUUUACAGUAAAUCAGAAGGAAUGUGCUGUGAAUAGACUGCAUUAAAGCAGCUGGGAGACAUUUUUUUCUAAAGUAACUAGAGCAAAUCUUUUCCAGGUACUUUUGAUCAGUUUGUGUGUUGCUUGAGUAUUGAACCAAUGACACUUUAUAUUACAGUAUUAACAUGUUUAUUACUUCCUUAUGUGACAUUAGUGACUUAUGUGCCAUAUUUGUAUUCAUUCAAGGAAUCUUUCCUUAAUUCUAAGUAUGAUGAUUAUUUUUCUACUACAAAAUUUCUUCCCUAUGCAGAUGGGAAUGUUUCUCAGUUAUAAUCAGAUGUUUGUAUAUUUUUUUGUUUUAACAUUUGCUAAUGGAAUGCAGUACCACCCAACUCACCAGAUUUAUUUAUAUGAAUAAAAUAAGACUGAAAAGCAA